CAGCAUGACAUUACCUGGGAUUGGAGUCUUUGGUACAGGAAGUAUUGUUAGAGUAAUUAUUCCCUUUCUAAGAGAGAAAGGCUUUAGAAUUGAAGCUAUAUGGGGACGUACACUGGCAGAAGUGUCAGAAGUUGCAACAGAUCUUGAAAUACCAUUUCAUACUAGUCGAAUUGACGAUGUACUCCUCAGGAAGGAUGUUGAUUUGAUUUUUAUUAUGUGCUCUCCUAGCUUACAUGCACAAAUUGCGGUAAAAGCAUUAGGGAUAGGAAAACAUGUUGUGUGUGAUAAACCUGCAGGUUUAAGUCAAAGCGAAUCAUUAAAAAUGGUGCGAGCUGCACAAUAUUAUCCUUCUUUAAUAAGUAUUGUUAAUCAUAGUUUAAGAUUUUUACCAGCAUUUGUUCACAUGAAGAAAGCUUUAGAAGAAGGAUAUUUAAAUGGUCCUGUAAAUGUAAUAGAAGUUAGAGUACAUAUGGGCAGUUUAUUACACAAUGGAUAUGAUUGGUUGUGUGAUGAUACAAUGGGAGGAGGAAUUUUAGCCUUAGUUGGAAGUCAUGUAAUCGAUCUAAUUUUUCAUUUAAUUGGUCAACGUGCUUCAAGAGUACAUGCUGUAGUCCGGACUUUCACGCAAACUACAAAACAUAUAAAUGGAAUUAGACACGUUACAUCACCAGAUUUUUGCAGUUUCCAAAUGGAAUUAAGUGGUGGCACAUUGGUAACAGCAACAUUGAGUAAUCAUUUACAAGGACAGCUUUCUCAAGAAGUAUUAAUAUGUGGAGGUGGUAAUCAUCUUCUUGCACGUGGUGGGGAUUUGCAUGGUUGUCGUAACGGACAAGAAGAAAUAUUAUAUCAUGAUACAGAUGAUUUACAAGAUAUAUCAUUUCCCAUUGCUGACUCUAUUCCAAGACCAUACAUCAAAGGAUUAAGAAAAAUGAUCACUGCACUAAGAGAAGCUUUCCAAUCUGUUGAAGAUAAAAAGGGUUGGAUAAAAGAGCCAGUAUUUUCUGCAUCAUCUUUUGAAGAUGGUUUAUAUGUACAAGCAGUUAUUGAUGCAUUAAGACAGAGUAAUAAACGAAGAGAAUGGGUAAAAGUCAAUAUUUUGACAGAAGAACCAGACCCAAAUCCUCUAUUAAGUGCAGCUGUUAGAGCUACAGCUAUAUCAAUAUAAAAUGGACAUUAUCUAAAAAUUCUAAAAUUAAGUGAAGACUUUUGACACUCAAAAAAUCAUAAGUUUACUCAUGAGUUAACUUAUAACUUUAUAAAUGUAUAGUAUUACUAUUUAAAAGGCAGCUCCAAAAAUAAUGUAAAUCAAAUUAUUGGACUAUAAAUUUUAAUUGAACAUCUUAUUUAGUACAAAAAUUCAAAAUAUAUUUCAUAGUGUAAAUAUGUGCAUGACUAUGUACAAUAUAUUUUGAAAAUGUUAUAGUAUUGUUUGUACUUCAGUAGAGAUAUCUAACUUAUGAAUAAUAUUUAUUAAGAACUAUGUGUAAAUCAUAACAAUAUUUAUUUAUAUAUUAACGAAAAUAUUUAUAUUUGCAUAAUUA